AGAACAGGACUUGCCCUGCUGACUGAAACAUACAGGACACUGCACCACGAGAGCCAUUGACAAAAGAGGAAAGGCUUUUUUUGAAGGACCUAUCUUAAUUCAAUCAUUUCACUGCCUUUUGCUUUAUAAUUUUACCAUUGAAAGAGGCUUGAAGAUUUUCAACAGAUUUUUUUUUUCUUUGAGCAACACUUUCAUAAGGAUGAAGUACUACCAGGACCCAGUCUGCCAGUCCAUGGGCAUCAAGGCUUAUGGCCCCAAGGAGUCCAGCAGCUCUUCUUGCGCCCACUCUUCUCCACAGAUCAAACCAGUCCGCAGCGUCCACUUCCCCAACGACAUCGUGUUCCAGGACUACGUCCGGCAGGGCGAGCUGGACAGGAUCGGACUCUUCAUCAGAAAGAGGAGGGUCAGCCUGGAAACCAUCUACCACUCUGGUAUGGCAGCAAUCCAUGAGGCUGUCCUCUCUGGGAACCUGGAGUGUGUGAAGCUGCUGGUGAAGCACGGAGCAGACAUCCAACAGAGAGACGAGGAAGGCUGGACACCUCUCCACAUGGCCUGCAGUGACGGAUUCCCUGACAUUGCCAAGUACCUGCUUUCUAUUGGUGCCGACCCUCAGGCGGAGAACGAGUGUGGGGAGACACCUGCCGAUCUCAUCGACCCAGAGUGCACCGGGGUUCGUGAGCUGCAGGGGCUGCUUGGGGUGGAGGACGACUGAACUCACAUCUAACCUUAAAAUGCCACUGAAACUUCAGUCUCCUUCCUCGCCCAGGCCUCCCGGUUGACCCUCCACA